AUGCCUUCUUACAAGGACAACCCCCGGAUGAGGAAUAUACUAAAACUCGAAUUGCAGGUCGAUCUUGCGCUCGUGGCCAAGGAAUUUGGCUAUGCCAGUGCAAAGUCAUUUCAGAAGAAGUAUGCCAAGCUGAAGAAAGCAUACAAGCUGACCAACGGUCACAUCUAUGGCGAUGAUAAGGCAAGUCGAUCUCUAUCCAUCCAAACAAUAUUGAAACUAAUUUCGUCCAUCAGCGAAAGAUUUCUUCCACUGAGGCUGCUCAAAAUACCCCGAAUGAGACUACCGAGACCACCGAGCCCAAGGCAAGCCGAUCUCUAUCCAUCCAAAUAA